ACAUUUAUCGGUUAAUUCAGUUACACAGUACAUAAAUAAAACACUGACUGGGCUAAAAUGUCGGAUAAUCAAAGGUCUUCUGAGCCUGAAGGUGGGGCUGUAAGAGGAACGGGAGAAAGUAGCUCUUCGUCUGAAGCUGUACCUCAGACUGACAAUGAAUCCAUCACUAGAUCUACACUAGAAUUAGAAGCAGAGGAUAAGAAACGAAGAGAGAGUACAGAUGCUGCUGUGGAGACGGCUCAAGAGGCAACAGUAGAAGCAAAUGCAGAUAUUGCAGAGCUGACACGAGAUAUGUUUCAGAAGAUGAUUGCAUAUCUUCAGGGUGAUCUAUCAGCAACUGCUGAGGAUUACAAACUUCUAGAGCAGAUGAACCUGGUUACUGCUAAGAAAUAUGGGGACAUGAAGAACAUAGCUUUACAGAUAGGGGACUCAAUGACUGGGCUACAGAGCAAAUAUCAGAGUCUUCAACCAUACCUUGACCAGAUAGAUCAAGUGGAAGAAAGUGUAACCAGUCUAGAACAAGCUGCUCUCAGAUUGGAUGCAUAUUCAAAGAGACUAGAAGCCAAAUUUAAGCAGCUUGAGAAGAGAUGAAAACCUAUUUGAGGAGAUAGAAGGACGCUUCGUAAGAUAAAGUGAUCAAUGUAUUAAGUCAUUGAUUGUCAGAACCAGAUUGUCCCAGCUUAAAGCCUGUGGGAGUAAAAGAAUCCAGUAAUCAACGUGUUAAGUGCUCUCUACAAUAAACAUUGAAUCUAUAUAGAGCUGAACCAUAUGCAAGAGAUGGAAUAUGUGACUUCUGUAUCCAGUUGGAAUUGAUCCGAGAUGAAUCAAAGACAAUGACAAGGAUAUACAUGCAGCCUUGACACGUGAAAGCUGAUCUUUCUGGGAGUGAUAUGAAUCAUGAUGAAGACAUCUAAUUUGAUCUUCAGAAACAACUGUUUGUCAACAUACUGUACUCUGUUUAAUCAUUUUACAUAUAUUUGUGAUAUGAAUACUGUAAACAGUUUAAAAGACAAUUCUUAUACUGUGCAUGAAUGUAAUCUUCAAAGAUCUGUCCGGCCAUGUCUUACAUGCAAUAACUACUGAUCCGGUCAAUCUGAAGUAUAUCGAAAUCCAUGAACAUCAUAAAAAAAAUUUAAGGAAAUUUGCACAUUGCCCUUUGAUAACAGAGAAAAGCACACUUAAUUGUCAAAGAAACAGUAAAGGUAUGAAUAUACAUUAUAUCUUGAAAGUAUUUUGAACAAACAUGUACUUUAGAUGUUGACGUUACUGGCUUUCCAUAGUUGUGGUCGAUUGGAUCAAUCGUAACUUUUUGUAAGACUGGGCCCUGGUUUCGACAGUGAAUAAUAUAGCAUGAUUGAUCUGAAAAAUAAAGAAAAAUAUGUAGAACCAGUAGGAUUUGAACCUGUUAUUUACUGUUUGCUGGAUGGGAACUCUACCACCUGGCCAUGACGGUUUCAUGGUACAGUCUUGGUUCAAGUAGGGAAUUUUUUUCAUGCAAUAAUUUUCAAAGAAUGCAUAUCACCUGGUGGACAUACAUGUAUCCCUUGAGUCAGGGGCUAAUCUAAGAUUUUCCAAAUGGGGGGGGGCAUAUUUUCCCGAGGAAAAAUUUGACGAAAAAAGGUCUUCGCUUUCAAAUGCGGGGGGGGGGGGGCACUCUUCUGUUUUAACAGCACUUUUACUUUAUAAAUUUUGUGCCUCUCCCCCCCCCCCCCUGAAUCCACCAGUACCUUGAGUAGCUGUUUUGCAGAGCAUAAGGCGAUAGGUAACUGUAGCAAAUCAGAUUACACUCUUUGUAACAGGAAGCAGAUAACAAUCAGUCGCAGAUUUGCAAGACAUGAUUGAUUUAGGGACUGAAUAUUGACUUGCAAUUGAUUAUAAGUUUCUUGCAACUCUCCAUGAUUUAUUGUGGGAGUAGUCCUUCAGGGAAGGUGCCCUGGAACUGUUGUAAAUUUGGAUGAUUAUAACUAUGCAUAGAACCUAAUAAUGCUUGAAAUAAAUGAUAUUUAUUACUUAUUUUAUGUAAAAAAUCAGUACUGGUUGAUAGACAAAUAAAUGCCUGGUCAUGUUUAUGCUCUCAACCAAAAUGGGUCUGCUUUUUCCCUCAUAUAGGUUCUCCCAUGUGUGUUCUAUGUAAUUUUUGUGAAGAAUUAAUUAAGUACUGAUUGAAAGAAAAGAUCUAUGCUUAUAUGAAAAUGUACUUUAUAAUUCUGGUUCAUUGAUGCUAUAGAUCUAUAAGAAUUGCUUUGACUACCAGCAAUUUCUAUGAAUGUUAUGUAAGAGAAAACUGUCAUUACUGCUUUCCUAUCUCUUGCCAGAAUAUACUGUCUCACAUAACAUGAUAGUGCAUAUUGUAGAGUGUUGGAUCAUACAUUUAAUCUCAUGGGCAUUCAAGAAACUUGGAAUCAACUGGAAGUCAAUUUUAGAUCCCAAUACUAUCAUAACUCUGGCAAUUAAUUGCAUGAUCAUAAUUGCGUACUUGUCUUGAAGCAUGAAGUAAAAAUACAUUUUGCUAUGUACUUGUAAUUGAUAUAUCAAUUUUAAUUUAGCAACAGAAAUUUGCAUUUGAUUGCAAAUAUUUUCUUGCAACACGGCCUUAGAUUUCUUAUGACAUUAAUACAUGCUUUUUUUUAUGUUAGUCCAUCAUGGAACCAGCAGACAGCAUAACAUGCAUACCAGCUUAGCAGGAGUAUAGUGUAUACACAACUCACUAAUGAUAAUGUAAUGUAUGGAAUUAUAUGCACAGGGAAUCGUUUGUUAUAAUCGGUGAAAUAUCUACAAGGGCAGACAAUUAAGAGAAUCUUGUGAGAAAAAGGAAUGUAAAAUAAUGUGUAAGAGACAAUUGGUAUGUUCAAUAUUUGUAAACACGUGUACAUAAAGUAGUACAAAUAUUUCAAAGAAUUUAUGGAUGUUUUUCCAAACUCAGAAGCAUUCCUUAUAUUUGUUAAGUAUUGUAUACAAUGAAAUAAAUAUGUACAUCAUAGGUA